UUAUUUCAUCCACGCAAAUUUCGUUAUGGUCACUGGCGAGGCUUUUCAGCUGGUUAGCCAAACAUCCACAGAAAAAGAGAUGAGCAGGAAAACGAGACGAAGAAAAAUUAGAACAAUUUAUAACAAGCCAGAAAAAUAGGACAGAAAUAAAAUCUGUUGAGGUGGUACUUUCAAACCUCAGCACACAGCAUUCCUUAAACCCAGGGACCAAAGCUUCACUUGGUGUUCUAUAUGACCGAGCAGUUGUGUGGCAGAUUAUCAGCCAACAAGUACAGAGGUCCAGCAUUUAUAAGAACACAUGCUCUAAAACCAACUAACUAAGACCUAUGGCAAUAAAUCAGACGCCUAAAGUAUUUAGUCAUACCCGAAUAUCAGAUGUAAAAAAGGGGAACUUCUGAACUUCUAGUUUUUGAUAAAUUCAACAUAUUCCCGCUGUCAAAGUCUGCGCUGGGGUUGGGUGCAUGGGUCUUGUGCUGACAGCGUCAUGGUGGACUGGUAUGUCUGAGCCUGAAGCUAGCGUAGCUUCCCAGUUUUAUAUAGCAUGUUAGCAUAUGGCUAGCAACGUUUGGUGACAGAUCAGGCCAUUAUCCUCCUCCCCUCCAUCACCAUCUCUGGCCCCUACAAGGGGGUAUAAAGUAGUUGGUAGUGGUGCCCCCUUACCCCGCCAUCUUUUCAUUUCUCUUUCAUGUGGUCAUCUGUCCAUCCACCCAACAAUCAUCAGCUUUUGCUCCAUCUUUCACUCUCAUCAGCUUUUAUCACUUUGUGUUGUACUAAGCACUCUUUAGCUCACCCUAACUAAGCUCUGGUCCUUUAUGAGAUCCACUUCUUUCCUUUGAAUUCAUCUCACAUCUGUCCCAGUUCAGCUUAAAUUGCCACAGCUCAGUUCCUGCCCUCUUUAAAGCCAAACCCCAACCCCAGUUUAAUUCACAUUUUGGCCCAGGGUAGACCACUCUAACGUCUGACAGUCAAGCCGCUAGGCAGUUGUUUUGGUAGUUGUUUUGGUUGCAUGGAAUCGGCUUAACCGUGGAGAGGCCAGGCUACCACAAACUGAUGGACUUUGACAAGCGAGGAGUAGGGGGAGGAGGAGGGGGUGGUGGUGGAGGGAAGGGGGAGACAGAGGAGGGGAAAAGGAUGUCUGGGAAGACAGGGAGUCGAUCAGGGCAUGGUAGCCGGGGUGCCGGCUCCAACUCUGGGGUUCUGAUGGUCGGACCGAACUUCCGGGUCGGAAAGAAGAUUGGCUGUGGGAACUUUGGAGAGCUACGACUUGGAAAGAACCUGUACACCAAUGAAUAUGUGGCUAUCAAACUGGAGCCUAUCAAGUCGAGGGCACCACAGCUCCACCUAGAAUAUCGCUUCUACAAACAGCUGGGAAGUUCAGAGGGUGUACCCCAGGUGUUUUACUUUGGACCAUGUGGUAAAUACAAUGCUAUGGUUCUAGAGCUACUGGGACCCAGCUUAGAAGAUCUGUUUGACCUCUGUGACCGAACCUUCUCUCUAAAGACAGUACUCAUGAUAGCCAUACAACUGAUCACCCGUAUGGAGUUUGUCCACACCAGAAGCCUGAUCUAUCGAGACGUGAAGCCUGAGAACUUCCUGGUGGGCCGACCCGGCUCCAAACGGCAACACACCAUCCACAUCAUAGACUUUGGCCUGGCGAAAGAAUACAUAGACCCGGAGACCAAUAAACACAUCCCAUACAGAGAACACAAGAGUCUGACUGGCACUGCUAGAUAUAUGAGCAUCAAUACACACCUGGGGAAAGAGCAAAGCAGGCGGGAUGACCUAGAAGCUCUAGGCCACAUGUUCAUGUACUUCCUGCGAGGCAGUCUACCCUGGCAAGGACUCAAGGCUGACACUCUGAAAGAACGUUAUCAGAAGAUAGGAGACACGAAGAGAGACACACCAAUAGAGGUCCUCUGUGAAAGUUUCCCUGAAGAGAUGGCCACCUACCUGCGGUACGUGCGUCGGCUGGACUUCUUUGAGAAGCCGGACUACGACUAUCUGAGGAAACUCUUUACAGACCUCUUUGACAGAAACGGAUACAUCUUUGACUACCAGUAUGACUGGACUGGAAAGCCGCUGCCUACUCCUAUUGGUCCAGUGGCCAGUGAGACUCCACUUCAGACGAGCAACCGAGAGAAAGCACCGCAGACCAAAAACCAGUCUCCAGAGGGGAAAGGCAGUGAGUCCCAGCCCACUCCAGUGACCAAUCGAGAGCUGCUGGGCUCCCAUCUCACUGCUGAUAGGCUGGGCGGGUCUGUCCAGGUGAUGAGUUCAACCAAUGGGGAACUGAAUACAGAUGACCCCACUGCAGGACACUCCAACGCACCAAUCACAGCCAAUGCAGAGGUGGAAGUGGCUGAUGAUACCAAGUGCUGCUGUUUCUUCAAGAGGAGGAAGAGGAAAGCUCUCCAGAGACACAAAUGAAAAUGAGAGACAAGAGAGAAACCCUGCCCCCCUCUGAUCCCCCUCCUCUGCUGUUGGAGGUCCUGUAGUCUACCUUGGGUUGGCUGGACUGGCUGGACCACCGGGCAGCAGAAUAUGUUUGCUAAGCUGAUCUACUGGUUUAUACUGCUCUGGACUGACCAGACAGACAGACGCAGUAACAUGUGUUGCUGUUACACCUCGGAGCUUUAAAUGUGGACUAGCUGUACCAGCGGUGGAGUCUUCAAGUAUUUAUGGUCACAAACUGAAGUAAAACUGGAUCAAUACAAACUGCUGUGGGAAACAAGUGACCACAAGUGAACAGUUGAUAGACCGUUAUAGGCAAGCUGAUUGGCUGACAGACUGGAUUCAGCUGGUUUACCGGCAGACUGCCUAGUUCUCUAUUUUUCUGUUUUUGUUUUUUUUCUUCCUUACUGACUGGUUCAGAGGAGAGAGAAGUGUAUUUCCGAGGAGAUACAGAAGAGAGGACAACAAAAGGAUUGGAGGCAAUGAGACUGUCGGACCACACGUGCACACAAAACACACACACACAUAUGUACAAAAACGCUGCACACUUUCUCAAGCUCAUCAUAAAGAGACUUCAAGGAAGAUGCAGCUCUCGCGCAUAGUCUAUAAAGUUUUUAUUCCCUAGGGUCAAAGGAAGUACACAGUGAGCGGCUUGGUCUAUUUCCUUCAGCGAACUGGGCUCAGUGUACUUCUCAGACACAUUCAUCCUCAGAGGAAAACCUCACAACCACCAGAAUCAAAAGUUAAAAAAGAUGUUUAUGUGAAAACUAUGCUUUUUCCUGUUUUAAUUUGUAACUAAAAAAAGACUGUCUAGAAUUUGGAACCUGUGUUUGUUUGUUUUUUUUGUCUUUUUGAGUUUGUUCAAAAAGUUUUUGUAGCUUUGAGUGUGUUCCUCAAAAUGUUUUUUUUUUAAAUAACUUGUAUUUUAACUUUUCUGUUGUUUUGUUUUUUUCCUCUUUUUCUUUGAGUUGGAGGUCAGAUAACUCCAUUAAAAAAACCCAAACAAAAUAAAAACUGAUCUUUAUUUAAAGUAUGAACAAUA